UUCUAACACGAUUUAGCCUUAAACCGUUCUCCACAUAUUUCCGAACCAAUCACAACAUAUUAUGGUUUUUCUCUUUUAAUCAUUUUCAAUUUUCUGUUCCCAUAUCACCCUCAGCUCUUAUUUCUUUAUCGGAUACAAAUACAAACACAAAGGAGAAGACCAAAACACAAUCAAAUCAAAGAAACAAAAAAUGGCAGCAGCAAAUGCAAACCAUUUGUUGAAAGCAAGAGGAACAAUUCUCUUCUACCGCCAUAACCACCAUAACUUCAUCCCUCCUCGUUUUCUUCCAUUCUCUCUCCUCCCUUCUCUCAACACCAAACCCACCUCCACAUUCCCUUCUCUCUCCUCAAUCUCUCAUCUCCCCUUCACUCCAUCCCCUUCUACUCCACCCCGCCAUUUCCGCUUCCUUUGCACUUCAUCAGAUGCUUCAACUUUGUCUUCAACUUCCACUUCGGCCGCUGUCGAUUCGGGUUCUCCUCCUCAAUCGGAGCCGCCUGUUCCGGACAUGGCGGCCGUGAAAGAGGCGGCGAAUAUGUUGGAUAUAAGGGUAGGGAAGGUGGUGAAGGCGUGGCAGCAUCCUGAUGCUGAUUCAUUGUAUGUGGAGGAAGUUGAUGUUGGGGAAGAUGAGCCUAGGACAAUUUGUAGUGGGCUUGUUAAGUAUGUUCCCAUUGAUCAACUUCAGGACAAAAAGGUGCUUGUACUUGCCAAUCUAAAACCAAGAAACAUGCGUGGCAUCAAGUCAAAUGGUAUGCUUAUGGCUGCUUCUGAUGCGUCACAUGAGAAUGUAGAGCUCCUUGUACCUCCCGAGGAUUCAGUUCCUGGUGAAAGAAUCUGGUUUGGCUCAGAAGAGGAAAAGGAAAAUCAAACUGCUGCUGCCACUGCUAAUCAGAUUCAGAAGAAAAAAAUCUGGGAAUUAGUUCAGCCCCAUCUCAAGACUGAUGCUGCUUGUAUUGCAAUGCUUGAUGGGCAUUACAUGAGGACUUCUGCAGGUCUUGUGGUUUCCAAAUCCCUAAAAGAUGCGAAUAUAUCUUAAUGAAACCUACACCCGGCUGAUGUCUUAAUCCUAUUCUUUCAAUUUUGUUCGUUAACCAUGACAAAAUUUUGCAUAAUUCAGUACUUGUAACUGUUGGGCGAUUACUUUCCAAAUCAAAAUGAGUUGUGCCAUUUUAGGACACUAAGUCCAUUUGUAAUGUACACUGUACAGAUUUAUAUAAUUUGCGAAAUUUAAUCCUUUGCCUUUCUUUGA